UCUAUGCCAUCUAGAACCGACAGCCGUUCAUCUUCGAGUUACUUCCAAAGCAGCGAUAGCCAAACACGUCUCGAUCACCCUACAGCUUGGAGCUCUUUGGCUGCCAGACGACCACAGACCAGUCUAAGCGAAUACUCUGGAUACGAACAUUCAGGGAACAGCACAAGACCCAACAUCUCAAGACCCUCUACUGUACGCCCUGGAUCGAGACCUGGUACAGCAUCUGGAAGAAAGUCUCGCAACGGAACUGCCUCCUCCAUACUGGGGCUUAGCGAAGCGCAGACCAUUGUAUGCGCUGUGAGCGAGGCUCGCGGAGUUUCUCCCGCAGUUGGUAUCGCCUUCGUCAAUGUUUCUCUUGGUGAAGUUGUUAUAAGUCAAAUAUGUGACAAUCAAUCAUAUGUCAAGACAAUUCACAAGAUCCAGCUGUCUGCACCUUCGCGCAUACUCUUCAUGUCUACUGCCUGUCCCCCAAACAACCCCAGCACCCUCUUUUCUCUCGUACAAGACCUCAUUCCCGAAGCUCAAAUUGACGCAUUGGAACGGUCAGCAUGGUCUGAGACAGAAGGACUGGAGUAUAUUCAUAACCUAGCUUUCAAGGAUGACAUCGAACCCUUGAAGGUGGCUACACAGGGCAAGUUCUACGCCAUUAGCUCUCUUGCAGCUGCAAUGAAGUAUAUUCAACAACUCUUCUCCAUCAACUUCGUGCCGCACUCGCUGCGCAUUCAAUAUCGACCUUCAGAAGAUACCAUGAUGAUUGACAUUUCGGCUAUUCAAUCACUUGAGAUAAUGCAGAACAUCCGCAGCCCAAAGUCGAAAGAUUCACUCUUCGGUCUGCUGAACCAUACAUGCACUCCGAUGGGUUCAAGGAUGCUUCGUAGCAAUAUCCUUCAGCCAUCCACUCGCCCAGAUCUCUUCAUCACUCCUAGAUAUGAUGCACUCGAUGAGUUGACUACCAAUGAAGAAAUGUUCUUGGAGAUUCGCAAGGCCCUCAAGCUUUUUCAUGACACGGAAAAACUCCUGACCAAGUUGAUCAUUGUUCCCACUAAUGCCGAUGUCCAACAAGUCGAAGAACAGAUCAAUCAGGUUCUUAUGAUCAAAAGCUUUCUCGAGUCAAUCCCUGAACUUCACACGGCGUUGGGUCCUGCCAACAGCGUCUUACUAACCAAGGUCCGAGAGUUGUGUCGCCCUGAGAUCACAAGCCAUAGUCUCAACAAGAUCCGACAGACCAUUGAAGCAGACGUCACUUACAUGAAGUCUGCCCUGGACCUUCGCAAUCAGAGGACCUUUGCUGUCAAAGCGGGUAUCAAUGGAAUGCUUGAUGUUGCUCGCCAGACAUACAAGGAGCUCACCGAAGAUAUUCACAAGCACAUCGAUGUUUUGAAUGAGGUACACCGGCUUGAUGCUAACCUUCGAUACGAUAACGGGCGCAAGUAUUGGCUAAGGCUUCGAGCGGUAGAUUUUGAUGAUCGUCCUCUUCCGGAUCUCUUGAUCAAUGUGGUGCGAAAGAAGGACAAGAUUGAAUGUCAGACACUUGACUUGGUCAAGCUCAAUCUGAGGUUAUCUGAUACCUCCAAUGAGGUUGUCAUCCGAAGCGACAAGGUUGUGCAAGACUUGCUAAAAGAACUACGCUCUGAUGUUCCACACCUGUUCCGGGUCUGUGAAUCGGUUGCCCUUGUCGACAUGAUCUCUUCCUUUGCGCAGCUUGCAACUACCCGAGACUACGUGAAGCCAGAUCUCAGCACAACGCUCGCAUUGAAGGCAGCGAGACACCCUGUCCUCGACAAGGCCAUGAACGGCAGCUUUGUACCCAAUGAUUACUACUCCACAGAGCAGUAUUGCUUCCAUAUCGUGACUGGAUGCAAUAUGAGUGGGAAAAGCACGUACAUACGGGCGGUCGCGUUGCUUCAGAUCAUGGCGCAAGUCGGAUCUUUUGUGCCUGCCGAGUAUGCCGCUUUCUCCAUCAUCCACAGCAUAUUUGCUCGAGUUUCGCUUGAUGACAACAUCGAGAGUAACCUUUCAACUUUCUCUGUCGAAAUGCGAGAAAUGUCUUUCAUCCUGAGGAACAUUGACGACAAGAGCCUUGCCGUAAUUGAUGAGCUGGGCAGGGCCACAAGCAACCGAGAUGGUCUGGCAAUUGCGAUUGCAAUGUCUGAAGCCUUGAUUCAAAGCAGAGCAUCCGUAUGGUUUGCAACCCAUUAUGUUGAUCUGACAAAGGUUCUCGCGGAUCGUCCGGGUAUCCUCAACCUGCACCUCGCGGCCACUACUUCUACAACUGAAGAUGGAUUACCUCAUAUUACGAUGCUUUACAAGGCGACCUCUGGUGCCAUCAGAGGCGAAGAACACUAUGGAAUCAAUUUAGCGCGUGCAAUCGGCCUACCCCAGUCCUUUAUUGACAAAGCAGAAGAAGUGGCUAAGGAUAUCAGGCGAAGACGAGAAUCGACGAAGCGUAGCUCAGAGUCAACCAGACUUGUAGCCCGUCGAAAGCUCAUUCUCAACUUGCAGGAUGCAUUGAGACGGGCUAAGGAUUCUGGAAGCGAAGAGGCUCUCCCAGGUUACUUACAGCGAUUACAAGAAGAGUUUGUUGCUCGCAUGGAAGAGGUUGACAACCUCUAGUUGGGACGUGUAUUGUUUCGCCACGAGUUUCAGGUGCAUGUGGAAGGG